GCGGCUGUUUUGAACUUGUGUUUUUCUUUAACCGUCAGUGAAGCGCCAUUGCUGGUGUACUUACCGUGGUCCUCUUAAAGUAGUGUUUAAAAAAAGAAGAAGAAAAGGGAUAAACAAUAUGGACAUAGACGUGGACUCACUAAAAUAUGCGGAGCUGCAAAAACACGCAAAGAAACUCGGACUUAAAGCGAACCUCAAGGCGGACAAACUCCUGACGUUGGUUAAAGAACAUUACCAACAAAAGGGAAUCAAAAACGUGGAGGAUGAAAAGAGACACGUUGAGAAUGCAGCUGUUGUCCAGAAAAAGGUGGAGCCUGAAGAAGAUCCCAGUACUGAGAAAAACACAGAGGGACUUCCUUGCACUGCUGUGUUUGUAAACACACGCAGAGGAAAAGGAAGAAAUGCCAAACGAAAGAUCUCUAAUGAUAAGUGUGAUGCCAAGUCGACAACAAAUGCUGUAGAGGUUGACCAUGAAGUGGCAGUAUCUGUGGCAUCCAAAGGUGGGGAUCAUCGUGCCAAAAAGAGGAGAUUAUCUUCUAUCAACAAUUCUCCUGAAAAUAAACUGGAGCUUCCCAAAGACUUGCAAGUCACUCAGGAUAAGGAGCAGCAACAGCAGCAUGAGGAAGCUGAUGUAAAUGAUGAUGCACCAAGUGAGGACACAGGAACUUCAACAAAUGGCUCCAAAGCAAGUAAAAUCCCUCUACAAAAGAGGAAAAAGUUAAAGCCCCAGACUCCCAACUUCAAGAAACUUCACGAGGCACACUUUAAAAAGAUGGAGUCCAUUGAUUCUUAUGUUCAGAGGAAAAACAAGCAAAUGGAGACGUACAAAGCUGGAGCUAAAGAACUCAAGUCGCUUUCAGAACAGCAGCAACUCAAUGGCAAAACCCAAACAAAGGCCAACCAGAGUCGUACAUCACUGUUCAGUCCCGCCCCAGUCAGCAAGAUAGUGUCUGAAGACAAAUGUAGAAAAUCAAUGAUGUUGUCUGGUAAAACUCUGGCACUGAAGGCUGCGAAUAAGGCAGAGGUUCCAUUCAGACCAUCUGUCCUUUCCACGCGCAAGAUCAAUGUCCGGUUCUCAAAAGGCACACGUGAAAAUGACCACAAGACUUCCUUUGUAAAGACGCCUGCACGUUUCUCACCCUGCGUUGCCUCAAGCACCCCUCAACAGCCCACUGCCGUGGUAAAGUCCACCAGUGUCAGAACAUCUGUCACAAAAACUCCAGGUGUGUUCGUUUUCACUGGCAACAACAGCACAUUGGCAACACCUGGAACCCAGAAAAAGGCAGCGUUUGACCUGAAGGCCAGUCUGUCUCGUCCACUCGGCUAUAAACCUCAUAAAGGAAAACUAAAGCCUUUUGGAGAAGUGAAUGAAAAUGCAUCAGUUGCAGCAAACGAAUCUCAAAAUGCAAACCCACAUCAGAAAAAUUACAAACAGCACCAGGUCAAAACCAGGGAGGACAGGAGGGAAAAACAAGUAAAAGAAAGAAAGGAGAAAAAAACAAACAUGCUGGGGGCAAGAAGAGGCCUUGUCAUGAUGUAAAAAAAAAAAAGAAACAAUUCUGCUUCUUAGUAGAUGCUUGCAUAUUUGUAGACAUUGUUUUUUUUUCCUUGUAAAUAUUUUCUGUUGCUAAAAAAAAGUCUCUCUUUUUUUUUAAAAGUAGACAAGCUUCUUUUUUCAUUCUCUCCAGUUGCUGUGCAGUAUGUUUUUUAUUGACUAAUGGAUUUGUUAUCAACCUUCACAUUCGGACUAACUUGUUUUUAUUACACCAGUAAUGUCAUGUCAUUUUUGCAAUGUAUCCUUGUUCAUAAUUUUCAGGAAGAUGGUUGGUACUCAGAUGAAAGAUUAAUUUCUUCAUUGAAUAAAUACAUUUAGAUUUUAAGAA